AUGCUCCGACUGGCCGUCCUCGCCGUCCUCGCGCUCGCAGCGGGCGCCGCCCCUUCGAGCCUGCAUGGCCUGACGCCCGAGCUGCGUACUAAGGUCGCAGCUGCCUCCACGUUGACUUGUGACGACGGGCACAAGUCGUUGCCGAUCUCGAGUGUCAACGAUGACUUUUGCGACUGCGCCGAUGGCAGCGACGAGCCUGGCACCUCCGCGUGCUCGCACACAAGCGUCCUCUUCCACUGCUUGAACCAAGGGUACUUUGCGUCCGACAUCCCGACAUCGCGGGUCAACGAUGGCAUCUGCGAUUGCUGCGACGGUAGCGACGAGUACGCUGCGCCUGCGUCAUGCAGCAACACAUGUGCGACCCUCAAGGCUGCGUACGACCAGAAGAUGGCGACCAAGCACGCCGCCGAAGCCGGCGGGCGCGCGGCGCGGCAGCUCUUGGUGGCCAAAGCCAAACAAUCGAAAGAAGAGCACUACCGCAAGCGCACCGACUUGGAGGCGACCAAACGAAAGCUCGAGGCCGAGGUCGCCGCCGCCACGAAAGUCAAGGCAGCGGAAGAAGCGCUGGAACUCCAGGAGCGCCGCCAAGCGUCCGAACGCUCGCGUCGGAACGUAGCUGCAACGUUGGGUCUCUACGACUUGACAACCGAGCAGCUCUCGUCUGUCAUCAUCGACCUCUCGCUCAAGCUCUACUCCAAGGACGAGGUGCUGACGGCGCUCCGGGCCGCGGGUGCACCGUCGUCGUCUCGCAUCGAGGCGCUCGAAGCCAAGUACAUUAAGGACGACGAGGCCCAUCGCGCCGAGGUCGAGCGUCUCAACACGGUCAACGACGAGCGCCGCAAGCUCCGCGAGGCGUCGACGGCCGACGAGGUGCCGCCGGAGCUCGAAGCGCUGCCGACGCCGACGCCGCCGAUCCGGCCCAUCACAUCGCUCUUCGAGACUGUUUCCAGUGACGAAGCGACCGAGCGACCUGGAGCCAAGGAAGCCCGCGAUGCCUUGGCCGAGGCGGAGAGGGAUCUCUCGACUGCCACCCACGACCUCUCGAAGGCGCAGACUGUGCUGGACGAGAGCUAUGGCGUCGACGACAUCUUCCUCGCGGUCAAGGACGCGUGCGUGUCGGCGACGUCGGGGCAGUACACGUACAAGAUGUGCUUCUUCGGCGGCGCGACCCAAGACAGCAUCUCGCUCGGCACCAUGCAGCCGCUUGAUGCGACAGCGCACGAGCUCAAGUUUACGGGCGGUGCCAAGUGCUGGAAUGGCCCCGAGCGGUCGUUCACGGUCGCGAUCGAGUGCCACGAGAAGGAAGAGCUCUACGCGAUUGAAGAGCCCUCGACGUGUGUCUACACGGCCAAGCUCAAGACGCCACUGGCGUGCGCCGACCUGCCACGUGCCAAUGGCCACGAUGAGCUCUAA